ACUACUGCAAACUUUAUCCUAACCACUUCUGUGCCAAUGUGCUGCACAGCUUUACCGAGACCUGGGAAGUAGGAACCUUACCUGCCCUUCCAGGACUGAGGAGAGGUAUUGCAGGAACAUGGAAAUCUAAGCACCUGACAUCCGAAAGCUGCAGCUGGUUACGGCCACCAACCUGCUUGGAAGAGUAAAAGGUUCCACAAUGUACUUUCCUGAUCCAGAUUAUGUGCUUCUGUUCUGAGUAAUGUGCCAGCAGGCAGGAUGCUGGGGACGGCGGGGUCAACACGAAACUCUGCUGGAGCAUUGACCAGGCUGGGGAGUCAGAAAAAACACCUGAAAAGUAUUUGUCUGCAAUAUCAGCUGUAUCUUCUUCUGAACAGCCAUUUCUUUUGCCUUUUAAAGAAUGAGAUGGGACUAAUCAUCUUCUUCCUAUGUGCUUAUGUACCAAAGACAGCAGCAGGUCAUUGCAAGUGGGCAGAAGUUCUGAAAGAUUUGGAGCAGAUCAAGACAUCCAAAGACAUUGAUGUCAGUUUAUAUACUGCAAACACAGAUGAGGAUAAAGAAUGCCAAGAACCUGUAAUAAGAUGCUUUUUCUUAGAGAUGAAAGUGAUUCUUCAAGAAUGUCGUAUCAAAAAUUGUAGUAAAACACAGGAUGUAUUGAACAUAUGGAAAAAUGGAAAUGCAAGCCUAGAAAAUAACAAGUUGAAUUCCACAACAUCAGCAAAAUGCAAAGAAUGUGAAGAGUAUGAUGAAAAAAAUUUUACAGAAUUUAUACAGAGUUUUGUAAAGGUUAUACAGAAGGAAUGCAAACACUGACCAAAAGACACAAGCUGGGAACCAAGACUCUUCCACGAACAUCCUCAGAGAAAUUAGAUUAUUGCCAACAAUAAACUGGAAAGUACAUCACUUACAAUCCUACUUACAUAGCAUAACACGUAAACAAAGAUAAUAAAAUCCCUGAAAUUCACAAUGUGUUCACAACUGAAUACACACAAAUGAUAUUACUUAUGAAAUACAAAUGAAAGGAAUGUAACAGGGUUUAAAGCUUCUUCUUGACUUAAAGUGUCUUUGUUUUUUGGUAAAUCCAUCAGAAAAGAAAUCCUGCCUAACUUACCAACGUUCCAACAAAAUUCUUUAAGAAGAUGUCAGGAUAUUUGCAGUGGGAACCUCCUCAUGAACAUCAGUUCAGGGCUAAGCGAACGGGGUUUCAGAGAAAAGCUCUUCUAUUAUUAGUAUUAAUAUAAAUUUAUCAUACCCUGUUAAAGUAUUUGGCUAUAGCUAUUUUUGUUAUCUGAAAUCUAUCCCUUUACUAUCUGUGCUCCUAGAAGAUCCUAGCUUAUCUCUCAUUUUUGUUGUUAGUCAUGUCUGACAGUUUUUCCUUGCUAUUUUUCUUCUCACUAACUUUCCUUCAACGAACUAGUGUCAAAACACAAGCUGAGGCCUGUUUGUCUUAAAGGUCUAUUGGCUAUCUCUUAAUAUAUUUAUUUGUACUAUGGUUUUCAGGUAAACCCAAUUACUUGUUUUACCUAAGAAUUCAAAGUAAAAAAUUAGAAUAUUUAUUUAAAGAUUCUUCCUUGCCUUUUUUCCCUUUUGUACAAUGUUAGCAUAAGGGUAUUAAAAAUUAUCUCCAGCCUUCUCAACAGACGGUAAUGCUGGUGCUUGGUUCCACCGUCCAACGACAGAACAGGCUUUGUUAGUUCAUUUGUUACCUCUGACAGAGGCACUACCUUAGUCAUUAUGGUAAUCACUACAGUUCCUUCAGCAAUUACCAAAGAUUUCAAUCUACAUUUCAACCAAAGAAAAGUAGCGUAAAUUUCAGUCUCUGAAUAAAGGAGGUGACCAAGUCUGUUACGCACUUAAAAAAAAUAAUUACAUGUG